CUCUACCUCACAUUCAGCUGAGCUCCCUCCAGUGAACUGAACUCCAAAGCCACCGAUAUGAAGCUGAUUCUCCUCACUUGUCUGGUGGCUGCGGCUGCUGCCUCCGGCGGAGGAAUCGGUGGAGCUUUCGGAGGAGGCGCCUUCGGUGCCUCUGGCUUCAGCCGCCUCGGAGGCAUCGGCUCAGCUUUCGGAGGCAGCCAUUAUGGAGGAUACGGACGUCGCUUCGGAGGCGGUGGAGCUUUCAGCCAGCUUGGAGGAGUUGGAGGUUUCAACCGCCUUGGAGGCAUUGGUGGAGUUUUCGGAGGAGGAUACGGACGUCGCUUUGGAGGCGGUGGAGCUUUCAGCCAGCUUGGAGGAGUUGGAGGUUUUAACCAGCUUGGAGGAGUUGGAGGUUUUAACCGCCUUGGAGGCAUUGGUGGAGUUUUCGGAGGAGGAUACGGUCGUCGCUUUGGAGGCGGUGGAGCUUUCAGCCAGCUUGGAGGAGUUGGAGGUUUCAACCGCCUUGGAGGCAUUGGUGGAGUUUUCGGAGGAGGAUACGGUCGUCGCUUUGGAGGCGGUGGAGCUUUCAGCCAGCUUGGAGGAGUUGGAGGUUUUAACCAGCUUGGAGGAGUUGGAGGUUUUAACCGCCUUGGAGGCAUUGGUGGAGUUUUCGGAGGAGGAUACGGUCGUCGCUUUGGAGGCGGUGGAGCUUUCAGCCAGCUUGGAGGAGUUGGAGGUUUCAACCGCCUUGGAGGCAUUGGUGGAGUUUUCGGAGGAGGAUACGGUCGUCGCUUUGGAGGCGGUGGAGCUUUCAGCCAGCUUGGAGGAGUUGGAGGUUUUAACCGCCUUGGAGGAGUUGGAGGUUUUAACCGCCUUGGAGGCAUUGGUGGAGUUUUCGGAGGAGGAUACGGUCGUCGCUUUGGAGGCGGUGGAGCUUUCAGCCAGCUUGGAGGAGUUGGAGGUUUCAACCGCCUUGGAGGCAUUGGUGGAGUUUUCGGAGGAGGAUACGGUCGUCGCUUUGGAGGCGGUGGAGCUUUCAGCCAGCUUGGAGGAGUUGGAGGUUUUAACCAGCUUGGAGGAGUUGGAGGUUUUAACCGCCUUGGAGGCAUUGGUGGAGUUUUCGGAGGAGGAUACGGUCGUCGCUUUGGAGGCGGUGGAGCUUUCAGCCAGCUUGGAGGAGUUGGAGGUUUCAACCGCCUUGGAGGCAUUGGUGGAGUUUUCGGAGGAGGAUACGGUCGUCGCUUUGGAGGCGGUGGAGCUUUCAGCCAGCUUGGAGGAGUUGGAGGUUUUAACCAGCUUGGAGGAGUUGGAGGUUUUAACCGCCUUGGAGGCAUUGGUGGAGUUUUCGGAGGAGGAUACGGUCGUCGCUUUGGAGGCGGUGGAGCUUUCAGCCAGCUUGGAGGAGUUGGAGGUUUCAACCGCCUUGGAGGCAUUGGUGGAGUUUUCGGAGGAGGAUACGGUCGUCGCUUUGGAGGCGGUGGAGCUUUCAGCCAGCUUGGAGGAGUUGGAGGUUUUAACCGCCUUGGAGGCAUUGGUGGAGUUUUCGGAGGAGGAUACGGUCGUCGCUUUCGAGGCGGUGGAGCUUUCAGCCAGCUUGGAGGAGUUGGAGGCUUCAACCGCCUUGGAGGCAUCGGCGGAGUUUUCGGAUCAGGUGGCCUGUUCCGUGGUGGGCUGACAGGCAGGCGCGGAGGAUAUGGCUUGUAAUAAUUCUAACAUCCGGAUAACAUGAAAAUAUUGCCCGUCAAUAUGUCGACUGCAAUUUAUUUACAGCCGACUUUGUUGUCGGAACUGUGCGUAUGUGUAUGAGUUAAAGCGCCGUGCGCUUGCACUCUAAAGUAUGCAUGUGUCUCUGCUGUUCUUUCAGUGUUAAGUCUUGCAAUAAAAUUGUUGAUUCUGUC